CCCUCCCUUGUGACUGUCCUGAUGUGUCUCACCUGUGUUCAUCCUGCUGCCUGCCAUGUGUAUUUAGUGUCUCUGUUUCCUUAUCUUCACUUUGUUUGUUCGGCCAUUCGACGUCUCCUCUGCUGUUCCUCACCUGAGCUCAGAUUUUGGUGGUCCUGACUCUACGGCCUGCCUGGACGUUACAGGGUGGCGUCUGUGCGUAUAAAAAGUCUCAGCUGAGAGGCAGACGGCACGUUGGAUACACAUCAGACAGGCCAAAGGGCUCUUCUUGUGCAGCCUGCAGCUCUCCACAACGCUCCACAGCAGCCAUGGCCGAGAGACGGAUUCCUUUCACCCUGCUCCGCACCCAGAGCUGGGACCCAUUCCGUGACUGGUGCCAGAGCAGUCGCAUGUUCGACCAGUCCUUCGGCAUGCCGACCCUUGCGGAAGACUUUGGCACAUUCCCAAGCACCCAUUGGCCGGGGUACCUGCGGUCGUCCGUUCUGACCCCAGAAAUGGGCACCAUGACACCCCACACUCCCAUGAUGACCCACACUCCCAUGAUGUAUCCCGGCGCCAUGAUGGUCCAGCAGGCCCAGCAGGCGCAGCAGGCUCGUGCUCUGUCCCGCCAGAUGAGCAGCGGCCUGUCGGAGAUCAAGCAGACCCAAGACAACUGGAAGGUGUCCCUGGAUGUCAACCACUUCUCGCCCGAGGAGCUGGUGGUGAAAACCAAGGAUGGUGUGGUGGAAAUCACUGGGAAGCAUGAGGAGAGGAAGGAUGAGCACGGUUUUGUGUCCAGGACCUUCACCAGGAAAUACACCCUGCCCUCCACAGCUGACAUUGAGAAGGUGACCUCCUCCCUGUCCCCUGAGGGGGUGCUCACCAUUGAGGCUCCUCUUAUCAGACCCGCCAUCGAGUCUUCAGAGAUCACGAUACCCGUCACCAUGGACAACAAAAGUGGCGUGGUGAAGAAGUAGGAGGAAAAGCAACAUGCAUACAUACAAGGUGAAGAAGCAGCGUUAUGGCGUGUUCACAUACCAGAGACAGAAGCGAGGGAUUGCUCUAGCUCUUCUGUCGCCUCCCUCCUUUCUGACUGUGAUAAUGAGCCAACCCCAGCUGAGUGCACUGUGUAAACACAUCUGCACCAGUGCCAUAUGCCUUCUCUUUCUGCUGUAAUUACACUCUUAGACUGAAUGUAGGAAAUCUCAGCUCAGCCCUGCUUGCUCCCUCACACACACACACACACCCCUGUUCUGUUGAGUGAAUCCACUUUAUGCUGCCUCUACAGACAAACUGAAGACAACAGUGAAGUGGACAGUAAUAGCAGGAAUCUUGUGAAUUAAGGAACCAGGGGAGUUUAUAUACCCCUUUAUUCUUUUUCCUGUAUGUGAUCACACUGUGGUCGCCCUGGACUGGACAGAGACUGGUCAUUUACAGUUGACUUCAGUAACACUGCUCAGUCAUGCAAAUAAAGAAUAGAAAUAUA